AUGGCAUACGAAGUUCGAUAUAUGUGGCACCCCACGCACAAGGUGACGGACCUGAAAGCGUGCGAGAAGUUCUUCCAGGAUGUGUUCAACUUGGAGAGCACGCCUGUAGAGGCGAACCUGCCCCCGAAGGAAGAGUGUCCCACAUACCCACGCGACUACUCAAUCCUGACCAUGAUCCGCGAGGUCAUGUUCGACUGCGUGGAUCCCACGAAGUACGUCGUCGAGGGGCGGCAGUCCCUGGAGGACGUCGACGAGCCAGGACACCUUUUCUGCUUCGGCCUAGCCGUGGACGGCGCAGACGAGAUUUACAAGGUGUGCAUUGACCACGGGAUCCGCAGCACCGACCAGGCGAAUCGGCUGGGCAGUCUCAAAAAACCACCUAUCACAGGGUUCAAGAACGCAACGCUCUUCUUUACCCUUCCCGAAAGUGCUGGGCUACGAUACCAGAUCUAUCCGGUCAGCGCGACGGGCCCUCCUGACCCCCGAGCUGAACCAGGCUGGAAACUCCCUCCCGUGGCAGAGAACGAUCCUCUGGCACUGGAGUUCUGCUCUCAUCACACAAUCCUCUCGGCCAAUCCAGUCAAAGCCUUCAAUUUCCUCAUCGGUAUCUUGAAGGGCAGGAUCAUCCAUCAAGGUCGUAAUGAACUCUUGGAGACCGACAGCACUUACAUUUCUCUCGGAGAUGGUGUCUAUGAAGUUGCUGUGCCUACUCGUGCAGGCUCGUUUGCGGCAGAAGAUCUGAAGUUCAAUGCCCCCUUUGACACAUAUCACGCGCUCACUUGGAAGGUGAAAGACCUUGCAAAGGUUCGGCGGCACCUGGAAGAUAAGAAGAUUCCCCUUUUGAUGCAGAACGAGCAUAUGGUGGUCACUGAUCCAAAGUACACUAUCGGAGUGCCCUGGGGUUUCACUGACCAAAAGGUGCCGGGUGAUCUGAGGUUGUCAACAUGA